CUUGUUAUCUCUUGGAGCAGAACGUUGUAACGAUCAUAGGGCCCAGUAGUUCCACCCACAUUAAAGUCGCCCACUCCCCUAUAGGAAAUCUUGGAGUACCUCAUCUGGCCCCAACUGCAACAGACCCUACCCUGUCGUUCAACCAAGCUGGGCAGCCGCCUUACCCUUCUUUAAUCAAAGUGACGCCCCCUGACAGUUUCCAGAUGACAGCUUUGACCGCCUUCAUGCUGAAGUUUAAAUGGAAAGCUAUUGCUAUUGUAGCAGAAAGCACGGAUUAUGGUCUAAACGGAUUGAUCGAGCUCCAGCGAAUAGCGACCUCUAGAAACAUCGUAGUAGUCAGUGCAGAAACAUUUGUACAAACAAGGGAUCCUGAGAACCUGGAUGCUAUUGAUGUCUUGGAAGCUAUUAAGAGUAAAGGUGUCCGAAUAGUUACCUUACACUGCGUCAUUGACUACGCAAAAGUCAUCCUCAAACAAGCUCACCAAUUAGGAAUGCUGGAAGAGGGUUGGGCAUGGUUCGUCACUGAUGGGGUUACUUUCUCGGGUGGUAAGGCACUGUUUGAGCCAAAUGGAAAGGUCCCGGAUUAUAUGACAGGAAUUAUAGGCACCCAACCACCACUUCAAGAAAACCUUCUCUUGAAGAAAAUGAAGCAAGAUUUAGAGGUUAAAGUUCGCCGAACUGUUGAUAUCUCGGAGCUACCUGCCGCAGCCCGUAUAUACGAUGCUGUUCUCGCAGUUGCCUAUGGCCUUCACUCUCUGAUUUCCCGUCAAAAUUUUAAUAUCCCUUCUUUUUCACGUGGCACGUGCUCCAAUGCUACAGUGAACUAUUGGGAUGAUGGCAAAGAACUCUUUCGAUCCAUUCUUGAAAUAAAAAAUGUGAGAGGUCUUCAAGGAAACCUGGAAUUCAACGACUUUGGUUUUUAUUCAAACAUCGCCUACAGUCUAGUUAACCUUCAACCGACCGGAUUUACUGAGUUUGGAAACUGGACCAUGUCAAACGGUCUAGAGGAGCUGAAGUUCACAUCAGCACCAUUAUUUCCAGGAGGGAUUAAGUCACCUCCUGGCGGCGCGGUGUAUGAAUUAACUAAUAAGACUCUUCGUGUUGUAGUACUUGAGGAACCCCCGUUCGUCAUGAAAAAUCAAGAUUACGACCCAAAAGAUCCUCAGAGCCAACAAUACGUAGGAUACUGUAUGGACCUUCUUACGAAACUCCAAAAAAUCUUCAACUUCCGGUAUACUGUAUACGAAGUUACACAGUACGGUCGUAAACAUCCGGUUACCAAACGAUGGAACGGACUAGUAAAGGAGUUAGUUGAUGACGUAAGUAAUGUAACAGUAUACGAAGUUACACAGUACGGUCGUAAACAUCCGGUUACCAAACGAUGGAACGGACUAGUAAAGGAGUUAGUUGAUGACGUAAGUAAUGUAACAGUAUACGAAGUUACACAGUACGGUCGUAAACAUCCGGUUACCAAACGAUGGAACGGACUAGUAAAGGAGUUAGUUGAUGACACUAUUGACCCUGGGUUCAUCAACUUCCCUGCCCGUGUUGUCAUCGGAGUUUGGUGGUUCACCAACGUUGUACUAAUUUCUGCUUACACCGCUAAGUUGGCUGCUGUUUUCACUGCAGAACGCCUUGUAACAGGUGAUCCUGGUCGAUAUGCUUUCAUUUUUGAUUCUCCCGUGUUAGACUUCGCAGCCCAGCAGGAGCCAUGUAACACCGAAACUAUUGGACUUUUCGCACCUCAAAACUACGGCUUUGGUCUGCAGAAAGACUCCCCCUACGAGGAAAAGUUCAGCCUUGGUAUCCUCAAGCUGAAGGAAGAAGGAUUCUUAGAAAUGCUGUACGAACGGUGGUUUAAGGGAAUAUGCAGCCAAGUUACUGCUUCCCGGACAAAAUCGGAAAACUAUCAACUGGCAUUUAACGCCAUGAUUGGUGUAUUUUCCUGUCUGAGUGGCGGAAUAGGAAUUAGCCUUUUGGUUGUAGCCGGAAGUUGGCUGGUUGUUUGUAUCAAGAAGAUGAGAAAGGAAAAGAAUAGUCGCUUGAGAGUUUAUCCGGCUAACCGUUCUUAUCCUACAGAAAUCCUUGACCGUAAAGGAGCCACCUGGACUUGGAUAACUGGAAGGCAAUGA